GUUCUGCUGAGGGAGGGAAUAAAGGGUGCUGGGGUGGGCGCCCCGGCCCUGUCUGUAACCGAUAACUCGUCAACAUUCCAUAUGUCUACUUCACGCAAAAUGGCGCAAGCAGAGGUGCCUGCCUGGCAGGAACAAGCGUUGCGCUUUCGCACAGUUCGCGAUGCUUCUAUGUCCACAAUCAACACUCAGUUGCCCGACUUGUCCGGUGACAAACAGUUAGCCCGGGUUAUCGGCGUUCCACGUCUCCAUCUUACUCAAGCAGAAGUCCAUCUCACAGAAAGUGCUCCGGAGGUCCUAGUGAGGUCGCUCGCAGUCGGCAGAGUGACAGCCAAAGAGGUUGUUCUUGCCUUUCUCCGACGUGCUGCUAUUGCGCAGAAGCUGGCAAAUUGUGUAUACGAGCUUCUGCCAGAUCGUGCCGUGGAACGGGCACAAGAGCUUGACGACUACUUGGCCCAGAACGGAAAGCCUUCCGGGCCGCUCCAUGGACUGCCCAUCAGCGUGAAGGAGCACAUAAGCGUUGCUGGGCGUGAUAAUACCGCCGGAUUCGUUGGGUGGAUUGGCAACACAAGCAGAGAUGACGCGAGCAUCAUCAAGAUAUUGCUGGACGCUGGCGCAGUCAUAUACGCCAGAACCACUGAGCCGCAAGGCCUGAUGGCGAUCGAGACAGGAAGCAAUAUUACAGGUGUCACCGUGAACCCUCAUAAUCGUGCUCUCACGUGUGGCGGCUCGUCUGGCGGAGAGGCAGCUCUGCUGGCACUACGUGGGAGCCCGCUCGGGAUAGGGUCAGAUAUUGGUGGCAGCAUUCGCUUGCCAGCAGCGCAUUGUGGGCUAUAUGGAUUCAAGCCAUCGUCAGGUCGGCUUCCAUUAAUGGGAGUGGAAGCUUUUUGCACAGGUUCCGAUACAAUCGCACCAAGCAUCGGCCCUCUAUCUCCUACCCUUGAAGGCAUCAAAUUGUUCAUGGACACUGUUUUGAUGUCAAAGCCAUGGCAAAAUGAUCCGUUUAUUCAUCCUUUACCGUGGCAAAGUCGAGCCGAUCACCUCCGUCAGCGAGGGAAAGUGACCUUGGUCGUGGGAGUGAUGUGGACAGAUGACGUCGUCCAGCCUGCCCCUCCCAUAAAAAGAGCGCUCCUGGAAGUUGUGGAUAAACUGAAGUCUACACCAGGUGUUGAGGUAAUAGACUGGAAGCCCUUCCAGCAAACGGAUGCUCUGGAGAUCCUAAAGCGACUGUAUCACCCAGAUGGGGGUAAAGCGUUCUUUGAGAACCUCGCUCUGUCCGGCGAGCCCAUCUUGCCCUUGCCCGCCUGGGCCGUUCGCGACGAACCUGGAAUCGAGCCACUUAGCAUCAAAGGAGUCUGGGAGUGGACCAAAAAACGCGAUCAGUUUCGCCACUCGUAUUUUCAGGCAUGGAAAACAAUCGCACCGGAUAUGGAUGUCAUUCUCUGCCCCGCGUGCCCUAUGCCAGCUCCAGUCCACAACACUUCGAGGUACUGGGGCUACACAUCGCUCUGGAACCUCUUGGAUUACCCAGCAAUCACUUUUCCUGUCACCAGAAUUGACCCUGAGAAGGACGGUCAGGAUCUUGAUUAUGUUCCCAAGAACGACUCCGACAGGUGGUGUUAUGACAACUAUGACGUCCACGAACGGAAGUAUGCGCCGGUUUCGUUACAGUUGGUAGCGCGGAGGCUAGAAGAUGAGAAGCUUCUACAAGCUGCAGAGAAGAUCCAGCAGGAGAUUGGGCUGCCUUUCGUGGAUUGUCUGGCCUAGAAUAUCAGCCUACCGUGGAUUACCGAGCACCAUGUACCGACGGUAGUCAGACGCCCAAACAUGCUAGAUAUACACAACGAAACACGACGAGCAAAAGAGAAAUAGCCGAAAUCGGCGCGGCGCAGCCCCUGAAGUGUAACACUCUGUCUCGUGACCCAACCGGGUGGGCGGUGCGGUUGCCUCAUUAGACUGAUGGACAGCCGCGAGGAGUCUCGCGUGGGCAGGCGAAAGAUGCGUUCUUUCGAGCUCUGGUCGGUCGAAACGCCAAGAUCGCCAAGGUCAUGGCGGGCAUCGACAACUUGGCGCGCGGGGAAGAUGCAAUGCUCAGGAGAAAGACCCUGGACAUGUGCUGCUUCUCUCUAGCGACAUGUGCCACACACCACGGCAGGCAGCUCACGCGAUUUGUUUACGACUACACCACACCAUCAAUUCCUGGACCAUGGAAGUAACUCGCAUGAGAGCCCUGUCAACUCGUCGACUAGAGGGGCACAGCAGGAUGCGGCACGCCUAGGUUUCACCGACCGGGCCCGCCAAAGAGUUCCGCGACAAUGCGCCCACGCGAAGGGCGGUCCGGCCUAGUGAGCAUGCGUACUAUCCUACAUUCUGCGAAGUUCGUGCUCGAAGGCGACAAAAGUGCGCGCACGCGCGAUCUACUCUGCAUCUGGGCCCGUACUGGGGAAGCGCUCAUCCUCGGCGAUGAGUCGGUGAAGCGUCAACUCCUCGGAUGUUUGACCUGCCUGGUGAAAUGACUACCCGACUGCGCCGCCGGUCAUGGCCGAGGGACGUUUCGGCACGUCGGGGGAUGCUGUGUCACCACGCGGCCGGGUCUCUCCCGAGGCUGACUUAUAUUGGGUAGUAUUCCGUACAGGUUUCGCUCGGGGAAGGUGGUUCCCUUCGUGCAUGGUGGUGCAGUAUCGGCUGGGAUGAUGAAUAGGGUCAUGGUGCUGAGGUAGCGUCGGGACUGGAG